AUGACCACCCUUUUUCAUGAUAUGAUUCAUAAGGAGAUGGAAGUUUAUGUGGACGAUAUCAUUAUCAAAUCCGAGAGAACGGAGGAUCAUUUGAUUGACUUGGGGAGGUUAUUUGAAAGAUUGAGGAAAUGUGAUUUAAAACUAAACCCUGCAAAGUGUGCAUUUGGGGCCCCUGCCGGAAAGUUAUUGGGAUUCAUUGUCAGUAAGAAGGGUAUUGAGAUAGAUCCGGCAAAGAUUAAGGCCAUUCGUGAGAUGCCAGUGCCAAGAACGCAAAAAGACGUGAAGAGUUUUUUAGGAAAGAUUAAUUUUAUUGGGAGAUUCAUUGCCCAAUUGACCCAUACGUGUGAGCCUUUGUUCAAAUUAUUAAAGAAAAAUGUGUCCUUGCAAUGGAAUGAGGAAUGCCAGCAAGCGUUUGAUAAAAUUAAAGAUUACCUGUUGCACCCCCCGGUUUUAGUGCCACCCAAACCCGGGCGACCUUUGAUCAUGUAUCUAUCGGUGUUGGACGAAGCUAUGGGGUGUGUAUUGGGACAACAUGACGAAUCGGGGAAGAGGGAGCAAGCUAUCUAUUACCUUAGUAAGAAGUUCACUGCGUAUGAGGCCAACUAUUCUUUUCUUGAGAGGAGUUGCUGUGCUCUAGCUUGGGCCGUCCAAAAGUUGAGACAUUACUUGCUCAGUCAUACUACUUACCUUAUUUCCCGCUCCGACCCUUUGAAAUAUUUGUUGGGAAAGCCUAUGCCGACGGGACGUAUGGCGAAAUGGCAGAUGAUUCUUUCGAAAUUUGACAUUAUUUUCACUACUCAAAAGGCCAUCAAAGGCCAGGCUGUGGCCGACCAUUUAGCUGAAAAUCCGCUGAAAGAUGACUAUCAACCACUUCACACUUAUUUUCCGGAUGAGGAGGCCUUGUUCGUGGGUAUAGCAGAAGAUAUGAAUGAUCAAUGCCCGGAGUGGAGGUUGUUCUUUGACGGUGCAUCAAAUUCCUUCGGGGCCGGUAUUGGAGCUGUUCUAGUAUCGCCUGAAGGAAAACAUUACCCUGGUUCGGCCAAACUCCGAUUUUCCUGUACUAACAACAUGGCUGAAUAUGAAACUUGCAUUUUUGGGUUAAAAAUGGCAUUAGAAAUGGAGAUUAAGGAUUUACUAGUAUUCAGUGAUUCAGAUUUGCUUGUACAUCAGACUCUUAAGGAGUGGAUUACUCGGGAUUCAAAGAUCUUGCCCUAUCAUUGCAACUUACUGGAGUUAGCCAAUAAAUUUAGGAGUUUGGAGUUUCGGCAUAUUCCCCGUGUCAGAAAUGUCUUCGCCGAUGCAUUGGCCACUUUAUCUUCAAUGAUCCAACAUCCGGAUGAGUUAAUAAUUGAACCCAUCCAGAUUCAUCUACAAGGGAAACCUGCUCACUACCUAGUUGUGGAAAAGUCUUCCGAUGGCCGUCCCUGGUACAAUGAUAUCAAGGAAUUUCUCAAAACAGGAUCCUACCCAUCUGGGGCUGAUAUGACUGCCAAAAGUUUCUUGCGUAGAUUAUCAUCUAAAUUCUUCUUGAAUGGAGAAGUAGUAUACAGAAGAACGUCGGAUUUGGGCCUUCUGAGGUGUGUUGACGAAGAUGAGGCGGAAUACCUGAUGAAGGAAGUACAUAGUGGAGUGUGUGGAUCACAUAUGAAUGGCCAUUUAUUAGCAAAGAAGAUCAUGAGGACUGGAUAUUUUUGGCUUACUAUGGAGCAUGAUUGUAUAGUUUUUGUUAGGAAAUGCAUCAAGUGUCAAUUGCAUGGAGAUGUUAUGCACACUCCCCCUACAGAAUUACACAGUAUGACUGCUCCUUGGCCAUGUUCGAUGUGGGGUAUGGAUGUGAUUGGAGCCAUUGACCCUCCCGCUUCAAAUGGGCAUCGGUUUAUUCUGGUGGCAAUUGAAUACUUUACUAAGUGGGUCGAAGCUGAGUCUUAUAAACAUGUGACUAAGAAGGUGGUAACAGUCUUUCUAAGAAAGAAUAUCAUUUGUCGUUUCGGAGUGCCGGAGACAUUAAUCACUGAUAAUGCCAAAAAUCUCAACAAUGACAUGGUGGAUGGUUUGUGCGCACAGUUCAAAAUCAAGCAUAGAAACUCCUCUAUUUAUAGGCCACAAAUGAAUGGAGCAGUAGAGGCUGCGAAUAAGAACUUGAAGAAAAUAAUCCGUAAGAUGAUUGAGAGACACCGUGAUUGGCAUGAAAAGCUCCCUUAUGCGUUAAUGGCAUAUAGAACUGUUAUUCGGACUUCUACUGGGACGACUCCCUACAAUCUCAUGUAUGGAAUGGAAGCAGUUUUACCAGCCGAAGUCGAAAUCCCUUCUUUGCGUAUUUUAAUGGAGGCCAAACUGGAGGAGGCUGAAUGGAUUCAACAACGUCAUGAGCAGUUGUCUUUAAUCGAUGAGAAAAGGUUAAAUGCCAUUUGUCAUGGUCAAUGCUAUCAAAAAAGGGUAGCCCGUGCUUACAAUAAGAGGGUCAGACCACGGGUGUUCACAGAAGGAGAUAAAGUGUUGAAACACGUUUUGCCAGCACAAGAGGAAGCUAAGGGGAAAUUUGCACCAAAUUGGCAAGGCCCUUUUAUUGUCCAGAAAGUUUUGCCCGGAGGAGCGCUCAUUCUUGCAGAAAUGGAUGGGCAAGUGUUCCCUCAACCAAUCAAUUCAGAUAUGUGUAAGAAAUUCUUUAUAUGA